AUGCUGUCAGGGCUAAUUGACAUGCUUAGUCAUUUCAAUGCAGAGAGCGCUUCCAAAUCUGAUGCCCUUUCAAGUACUACUAUUCCAGGUUCUUCUCUGUUCAAAAGCUCUGAUUUCUCGGACCUUUAUCAAGGAGAAGACUGGAACUUGGACUCUUUGGAGGAAGCGGCGGAACCAUCCACUCCUCCUACUCCUAUCUUGCAAAGCCAGGAGCACAUUCCCAAGCUUUUUCAAAGUUUGGAUUGGGACGCCAACACUUCUUCUGUGGAUGAUGCCGCUAUUGCGCAAGCCGUAGCCAUGCAGCAUUCUUUUGAAGAGGCCAUUGCACCUACUAAUACUCCCAAGCCUGUCCCUUUUGCAGAUGCUUUCAAGAGUCAAGAUUGGACCAUUGGAACUCUAUCUGAGGAUGAUCAAGUUCCGAUUCACACCUCCAUGAUGGACCAGACGCCAAUCCCGGAAACCAAACCAUCCUACAAGGCUCCCAAGAAUGAUCUCUUUACCAGCCGUGAUUGGCUGGCUACGGAAUUUCUUGGAACUCAUCAGGAAGUUUCCAUUUCUCCGGCCAUGUUCCAAUUGGAAGAACCUACUACUACUACCACUACUACUACCGCACCUACCAAGACUACCACCCCUGCACCCUUUGCUGCCGCUGCUCCAACCAACUGGGAAUCCAUGUUUAUUGGUCAGCUCCAGGCCGCUCCAGUUGCUCCUGCACCCACUCCUACUGCCACUAUCACCUCCAAUACUUCCGCUCGAAAGCGCAAACGCAAGAAGCGCCCCAAGUUGGUCCCCGAACACAAGACUUAUGUGAUCAUUUCCCAGCAUGACGUUUUGCUUGGACGUGGUGGAAAAUCCAACCACCACCCAGGAAACAAGCGUUACCGCGAGGAAGUGGAAAACUUUCGUCCUCUGUAUGCAUCUUUGACUACGGAUGAGGAAAAGACUUCUAUGAGUCAAGCCCUUGUCGAUGUCAUGGAACAAAUGGGAGGCCGCUUUUUGGAGGAAGACAAGAGGAAGGAUGACAAUGGCAAAAAUGUCAGUCAUGGAUGGUACGUCGUGCCCAACAUUGUCGCUCGCCGCAAGGCUAGUCAAGCCCUCCGUGAAGUCAAUGAUCCGGAGAAGCGACGAGCCAAGCGGGCACGGCAUUUGGCCAAGAAGGCAAAGAUGGGACUUUAA